AGUUGUUAGACAAGAUGCCUUAAGAAAAGAAUAACGCGUUGCUUCCUGUCUAAAGCGAGAGCAUAAAUGUUUUUGCAGGGGUGACGUUAUAGGGUUGGUGGGCAUAGGUUGCUAGAUGUUGUGAGCCGGUGUACCCAUAUUCUAGAGAAUAUGCUCAGUAAUUGGGGAGAUCCUGAUGGAGUCUUACUUGCGGGGACCUUGUAGGAGUUUUUCCGAACUAUGUAAAGAAAAGUUGCUUUGGUUUCUUACAAUCGUGUCUCUUUUUGAACUGCAGGUCAUGAUAUUUGCUUUAUAUAACACAUCUACAUUGUUUGCAGAUCACUAAGGCUCAUAUUGAAGAGUUUGAAGCAAACUAUAGAGGAGCUGACACAGAGAAAAAGGAUUUGAUUGACCUGUACAAGAAGUACAAGGGUAACAUGAACAGGAGGCAAAAGAAAAGUUCUUGCAGUUGCAGAAGGUGAUGUCAAUUCUUGUUGUUGAGGAGAAAAGGGCGCUCUAUGAUCAAACUAGUUGUGUUGAUGAUGCUAUGAGACCUUGCAGGAGCUUUUUCCGAACUAUGUAUAGAAAGAUCACUGAGGCUGAUAUUGAAGAGUUCGGAGCAAACUACAGAGGAUUUGACUCAGAGAAAAAUGAUUUGAUUGACCUGUACAAGAAGUACAAGGGUAAUUUGAACAGGUAUGAUUUGGCGAUUGUAUGGAGGUCUACAUAUUCCUUUCGACGUCCGAUAUAUGUGAGCAAAUGAGGUGAAACAAGGAUUAGGCAAAUGCCUACUAGGUAUUUGACAGAAAGCCCUCUAGGUGAUUAUUAUUCUCCUUUAGUUAUUUUUUGUCCACUGAGGUUUCAUGAUCAUUGCAGCUUUUGGUUUUCAAUUAGGAUUUUAGUUUUUUAGCUCUUUGAUUUACUUUGUAGGUGCGAUUUAAUUUUUUGCUGUGAUUUAAUUGUUUGAAACGCUAACCUCUUUGUCACCAACCUCUCACAGUUACCCAACUCUCUUUGGGCUUUGAUUUAUUUAUGUUCUUGAUGUGAAUCCAUAUUUCUGAUGAUACUGAAAUGGCUGGUUUCAACUGGAAUUCACACUAGCAUGACACAAAUAGACUUCAGGCAGUAGUAUUUGCUGUUCUUCUACAUUUUGUUAGUAUUUGUUGGUUCUACUCUAGCUACAAAGCAUUGCUGCUCUAUUUGGCAAGUUAUAUUUUUUUGUUUAGUCAAGUUAGGUCAACUGGGGUAAUCUAGUAAAAAUAAUUUCUGCUUUGUAUGAAGAAUUUGGAGAUUCGUCCUUCUUUAUUUCAAAUAAAUAAUAAUAUUUUGGUGGUUGAGCGAGUUCGUCUUCAGUUAGCUUGCAAAAAUUGGAGGUGAUGAAAUAUGGUAAUUUAAAAAGUGCCUUCAGGCAUGAGCUGAUAGAUAGUAGUUGUCACUUAUCGAAAAAUAUAUUUGAAAGAAGUUUGAAAUUGGUAUUUGGAGGCUCAGGGUUUAAAAUUGGUAUAUCUUGGAUCAUCCACAUCUUUUGUAUAAGAAUCAGGUUCCCAUUGGCAUAAAAUUGGCUUUGUUUUCUUUCCUUGGCAAAAAACAUUGACCUCUAUUAAAGGGAUCUAUACUUUUGAAUCUUAUCUUGAUGUAAGGUCUUUUGAGGAUGCAUGGCAGCAUGUGUAGGCAAUUUGAGCAUUGACCGACUGUACUUCGUGAGGUAAUAGGAACCAUCACAUAAAAUUUGAACAUAUUGAAUCGUUCAUGUUUUCUUAGAUUCACAUGAUUAACUUAGGUGGCCUUGUGUCAAGCAUAUUGUAUGGUAAGAUUGCAUGAUAGUUGCUUUAGGUUGGGAUUGCCUAAUUUUCAGAAAGUGCCUUGAAGCACAUGCAAUUUGGGUGUUGGUACAUGAAAAGUUAAGGGAAGAAACAAUUAGUGUUUUGUUAUGGCAUUAGGUUUAUUGUAAAUUAAUAAGGUUGAAGGUGGAUAAGAGAGCUGGUUAAUGUGUGGAUAUUCUGAAGUUAAGUGGUCCCAUCAACAAACAAACAAAGUUUACCUGUUUUUGUUCUAGAUACAAUUUAUGUGUACUUUUAUGUUCCCAUUGCGAUAAGUUGCUAAAUUUAUGAUUGCUUUGGUACACAAAGUUUUGAAAAAAUGGGAUUGAAGUGAAGCUGCAAAAUUAUUCUUGGAGUGUCCUGGAACAUCUCUCCGGGAAUGAACAUUAAGAGGAUUGUUAUACACUAAAAUAGUUAUGAUUAUUUUAUUUCGCUUCCCUUUUUGUAUUUUGAUCAUACUAUUGUACAUGGAUGUGAUUUGGGUACUGGUUGGUCAAUGAUUUUUGGUUGAGAAAAUGAAACCGCUUAGAAAUCCCAAUUUUAGCAGAGUUAGUAGAUUGAGAUUCUUCAAUGAGGUUCUUCUAUGAGGUUUAUAUGCUAUAAAAACAGGAGUUUGAGAUUCUUCAAUGAGGUUCAUUAGUAGAGCUAGUAGAUUGCAGAUUCAGAAUGGGCCUUGUGUAGGUGUUUUUCCUAUUAGAAACGUGAUAAUUAUGCUUGCAUGUGAUCUUUUGCUCCUUUGAUAAAUUUCUGUGAUGCGUGUAAAUAGUAC